GCAGCAGGUGGGAGCGGGGCUGUUGCUAUCAAUAUGGCGGUUGUCAGCCAGACAAAGACAGUCAGUCUGAUGUGAUUGAGACAAGGGAGGUUUUCAGGGGGAGACUGGGAGAUAGGGGCCUCCCCUCCCCCUUCUCCUCUUCCUGUGCCGGCCUCAACCCCUCCCCAGUCCCCUCCCGACGGGCGCCCCACGCGGAAGACAGCCCUCCCCCUCCCGCUUUCCCCUCCUCCCCGCCUCAGCCCUUCGUGCUGGGACGUUGGGGAGGGGGCUGUGCCGGGCGCGGAGAACUCCGCGAGGAUCGAAGUGGCCUGGAACUGAUCCCACAAUAUCUCCAAGGUAUUCCUGUGUUCCCACUGAAUGAAGUCUACUGGCAUACGUUAGAUUGUCACUGAAUGGUAAUUAACGCUGAUCAUCUCUAGAAAAUAUAUUGAUUCACCUCAUGUAAAGUAUGCUCAGUUCCUUUCCAGUGGUUUUGCUGGAAACCAUGUCUCACUAUACAGAUGAACCCAGAUUUACCAUAGAGCAGAUAGAUCUGCUUCAGCGCCUUCGGCGUACUGGAAUGACUAAACAUGAAAUUCUUCAUGCCUUGGAAACUUUGGACCGUCUUGAUCAAGAGCAUAGUGACAAGUUUGGAAGGAGGUCCAGCUAUGGAGGAAGUUCCUAUGGGAAUAGUACCAACAAUGUUCCAGCAUCUUCCUCUACAGCUACAGCUUCCACACAGACCCAGCAUUCGGGAAUGUCACCAUCACCGAGCAACAGUUAUGACACCUCCCCACAACCUUGCACUACUCAUCAAAAUGGAAGGGAGAAUAAUGAGCGAUUAUCCACAUCUAAUGGGAAGAUGUCACCAACUCGCUACCAUGCAAACAGCAUGGGUCAGAGGUCAUACAGUUUUGAAGCCUCAGAAGAGGACCUAGAUGUUGAUGAUAAAGUGGAGGAAUUAAUGAGGAGGGACAGCAGUGUGAUAAAAGAGGAAAUCAAAGCCUUUCUUGCCAAUCGGAGGAUUUCCCAAGCAGUUGUUGCACAGGUAACAGGUAUCAGUCAGAGCCGCAUCUCUCACUGGCUGUUGCAGCAGGGAUCAGACCUGAGUGAACAGAAGAAAAGAGCAUUUUACCGAUGGUAUCAACUUGAGAAGACAAACCCUGGGGCUACACUAAGUAUGAGACCAGCCCCCAUUCCAAUAGAGGACCCAGAAUGGAGACAAACACCUCCCCCAGUCUCUGCCACGUCUGGCACCUUCCGACUACGACGAGGGAGUCGAUUUACCUGGAGAAAGGAGUGCCUGGCUGUCAUGGAAAGCUACUUCAAUGAGAAUCAAUACCCAGAUGAAGCAAAGAGAGAAGAAAUCGCGAACGCUUGCAAUGCAGUCAUACAGAAGCCGGGCAAAAAGCUGUCAGACCUGGAACGAGUUACCUCCCUGAAAGUGUAUAAUUGGUUUGCAAACAGACGGAAGGAGAUCAAGAGGAGGGCCAAUAUUGAACCCCAAGACAGGAGAGCUGUCCAAUCAGUUGAAGCAGCAAUCCUGGAGAGUCAUGGGAUAGAUGUACAGAGUCCAGGAGGCCAUUCCAACAGUGAUGAUGUCGACGGAAACGACUACUCAGAGCAGGAUACUUGGCAAGUACGCAAUGGGGAGGAGGAGGAGGGAAGAAGUUCAGAGGGAGGCAGAGAAGCAGAGAAGGAUGACAGCACUAGCCAUAGUGACCACCAAGACCCCAUCUCGUUAGCUGUGGAAAUGGCAGCAGUCAACCACACCAUCCUGGCAUUGGCCCGACAAGGAGCCAGCGAAAUCAAGACAGAGGCCCUGGAUGACGACUGAUCAGGGAGGGUUGAACACAAGAGGUUACCUUAGUGUAGACGUAGCACCUUAGCAAACUUUCCUCGGUCCUUAACAUGUGUUCUUACAGUAUAACUUGCAGUUUUCUUGUAUGUCAGUUAGCCGUUAGGGUCUUGUUCUGUGAAGAUGGCAUGGUGCCCUCAGCCUUUGCAUAUACUCUCUCAGUAUUAAUUCCCAGUAAAUAAUAGCCAACCGACUGACCAACCAAACUUCCCUCUCCCAGCCCUCAAGGCUAGAAGAUCUCGCUGCUCUGUCUUAGCAUUCCAGGAAAGUGCUUCCAGGUAUAUAGAUAGCCCUCAGUUCUCCAAUAUUAGGCUCCGUGUAACCUUGGGUACCUUUAGAUUCCUGUAACACUAGGCUGUACUCCUUUUCCUUCCCCAAGACCGAUAGGCUGCAAGCUGAGGUAGUGUGGCCCAGAAUGGACAGACAUCAUUUGGGGAGUAUGCACAGAGUAGAAAGAACACUAGAGCCCCACUUCAGCGUGGGAGUACCUGAUUCCCAGCUGCAAUAAGCCGUGCCUCCUAACAGCCACACUGUGGCUACAUCACACUUCUUUCUGGGUGCUGUGCCAAGAAUGUCAGGGGAGAAACUCCAUCUCAGAUUUUGGUUGAUGUUAACAUGCCUGACACAGACAUCCUUUCCUCUCACAAGCUGUGUGACUGAGUAGAUGAAAUACUGCCUUCUGCCUUUGGGACCAUGAUUAAAAUAAACAAAAAAAGAUUUUAAAGAAGUCAUGAAAAAAAAAAAAACUCAGCUUGAGAGCAUUGGAGAAAAAAAAAAAUCCCUGAGCUGAAUGACUCCUGGAUAUUAAGUUCAGGUCUCAGAACCACUGUCCCUUAUGUGGCACAGGUGUCCCGCCUGCCUGCAAAAGCACUGGAGGCCACCACGGAAGCUGGCUUGCCUCCUGUCUAUGUCCCCUUUCCUGCUACCAAAAAAGAGGCUAAGGUCAAAACUGAGUGAAUGCAUUUCCAGUCUUUGUGUCCAUUAACUAAAGCCCCCUCAGUUUGAGAGGUUGGAGCAUACUUCAUAGUGGGAUUCUGCUGACCAACCAUCACAAAAGCAAACACUCCCCUAAAUGGGAGCAGACAGAAGCAGGGGACGUUUGCUGCUUCCGUGGUGGGUCUGUGAGGUACAACGGGAUAUGACUGCUUUGGUGUUCUCUUUACCCUGUCCUUGUAGAGGUGUGAAAAGCUAUAUUGCUACAGGCAAUUUAUUUAAUAAUUGGAAGCCAUAUUGAUAGUGGAUGUGGUAAUAUUUGUAAAGUUUAAUCAACUUUAAGCGGCAGUAACUAAUGGAAUUUUUUUCCUUGAUCACGUAUGUAGCACUUUUGUUACUUUUUAAAGAUAUUUAUAUUUGAUAAAUCUUUUCUUCAUUUCGAGAACUCAAAAUACCAAACAGUGAACUUGCGUUAUAAAGUCACCCUGUGAUCACCUUGUUAUUUAGUAGCAAAAUGAUUAACUAUUCAUGCAUCAAAGAAAAUUACAUCUGCUGGCCUUGUAUGAAAAUGAUAUAUUGGUAUCGCAAUUAGAUGACACGCUGUCACCAUGAGUAAGAGGAAACGGCCUUCACUAUAGCAGCAUAGGUGCGUUGGAGGUGUGACUGCUGUGUGUCGGCCUUGUUCCGUCUCUCCUUUCUGCCCACAGGGGAGCCUUGUGCAGAGGGGACAUGGGGCUGGCCAUUAGGCAGUGUUUCUGUCUGUCCAUCACCUAAAAACGAUUUCCAAGAUGGAAGGAAAGUGCCAUUUCCUUACCUCCCCAUCCCUCUUCCCCACCCGGUGUAUUCCACCUAAAACCACUGAGGGAGCCUGGGGCUUACUCACCUUCUUCAUGUUAACUUUCUUGCUAGUGAGAUUCUGAGUAUCCGCCAGUUCAGCUGGUCUGACUCCACUCGAGGCACAUGCAUGUGAGGCACGUGCUGACGGACCGUCUCCUGUGAAUCCUGCUUAUAUCAGUGUGGGAGCCUUUGCGAGGGCAGAAGUGCCACCAUAGGCGGGUCUGUGAUUUUAAAGAGCUCUAGGCGGGGCCUGCGCCUGCCCUCGUCCAUGGAUUUCAGGGGGAAAAUGUGUAUACUUUUUCCAGCUAAUAAGCAUUGAAGUAAAAUGGAGUCGUCUUUCCUGUUUUACUGUAUUACUUGAACCAACAAAUUCAAGAGUAGCAUUUGUUAUUCUCAGGAAUGAUCCGCCCACUCAUUUUCUUUCUUGGUGUCUUUGACUUUAUUUCAAUUAGGAGAUUGUUAUCUUUCUUUCCUUUUAAUAUUACUUAGAAGAAAUAUAACAUAUUGUAUCUAUCUAUCCAUUUCAGUGGAAGUUUAGUCUUUUUCUUGGUUGAAUCAGAAAGAAAAGGAGAGAGAAAAACACACUGACAAGUCACAUCCAUGAUUUAUUGUAAGGAGAUUAUUAUAAUUGAUAGCUUCUUUAUGAUGGGAUUGCUGGUAUCAUUUGUUCUUGCUGGUCUUUUUAAAGAAACAGACUCAAACUGUUAAGACAGCUGCAGUUUCUAUAGAAAUACAGUGAUUGCCAGAGAAGAGCUAAGAGGUUUUUCAUUGUUUUAAGACCUUUAAGGAAGGAAAAAGGCUUCCGAGGAUGCAGGAGCGCGUGCAGGGACGGAGGCAGCACCAGGGCCCCUCCGCAGUGGGGGGGAUUGGGAGGCUGUGCCUGCCGCGCUCGGGAGGAGCCAGACGGAGGCGGCUUCCCCCCAGAAUUCUGCUUUAGUUAAGGGAGACUGCCGGCCCGCCCGGAAGACCCACCUGCCUUACAUGCAGCUGCUGCUUUUUUCACCAGAAGUAGAAACUUGGUUUUGGGGGGCCUAGAUUUAACUGUACCGUUGGUUUUUUUGUUUGUUACCAGGUUCAAUUCCCCUGUUUUGUCCAGGCUACCUUAGUUCUUAGGAUGGUAUGUAGAGUUGCCGCUGUCUAAUCUGUAAUGUAUUUGGACAGUAAAUUUUUUUCUUAUGCUUUUUCAGGUUUGAGAGGUGGUAUUAAAAUAGAGACUCUAAACUGCUCUCUUACGGAAAAAUAGCCAGGCUCUUUAAAAAAUCCUGUUCUGUGCUUUUUGGUUGUUCUUUCUUCUCUGACUCAUGCUCUACUUUCUUCAGGCCUCAGGGGACUACUCCAGGGUCUGCUCUGCCCCUGGGGAGACCCGCAGCGUGGUGGGGGGGUGGGGGGCUUGUCAGCAGUUUAUGUAACUUGUCUGUCGUUAUUUUUUAAAGACACUUUGGUCGAAUUACUAUAGUCAUAUGGGUAAACUUCCUACCCUACUUAAAACAUAGCCUUACAGAGGAGCGUUUUAAAGACAGACUAUCCUAAUGAGAUUUCUGCCUCUGUUGCACCCUGACAUCAGAUGAAAGGCCAGGGAGGGCAGUCGGUACCAACAGGAUGCCUCCAUUUAUUUCAGCAGUUGCUGAGUGGGAAUCAUUCCUUAAGGCAGUUUUCUGCGUCGUCUGGAUCCUGUAAGUGGCUGACAGGUGUGCUCACCCGCCCCCUACCUACAGGACCUGGACGGACUGCACACUGCCAUUUGGUGGGACAACCCCUCCCCCCGUGUCCCGUAUUUCCUCACAGGAAAGAAGAUCCUGGGGCAGAACGAGCCCUGUAAGGUGGCUCUCGCUCUAGCUCAGUGCACAGGAGGUGAGUCAGAGGCAGCUGGGCCUCUGCUGGGCCCAGGCACCCCGGUGCCCCGGCCCCCAAGGGAGCGGCGCCUGAGAAGAUCGCCCACAUGGCCGCCUCAGUCCUCCCGCGAGGCCCCUCGAUACGAAUCUCGCUCUCGGAUUCCAACCAUCAGGCGCCAAGUGGAAACGCGCCCACUUACAGGGGCCCUCCAGCUGCACCGUCGGCCCGCGCUGACGCCUCUCCGCCCCCGGCCUGGCGCUGAGGCCCGGGCUGAGCAGACCACCCUGCUGGGCUUGCUCAUCUCCGCAGCUCGUGGGGUGGGUGUCCGGCUCCAGCUCUCCAUACAAACAGCCCUGCCUGUCUGGCAGCCCAUCUUUUUGACCAGCUACGUACUCCACCGACCAGCUACGUUAUCUCCGCCCAUAACAGGGAAAAGGUCCCUUUUCCGUGAAUGGUCCCCCACCCCUGUCCUGAAAAUGUGAACUUCAAGUCCUUAUUCUCUUGGUCUUAAAAGGGUUCGGUUAGAAGCAGUCUUCCUGCUUAACUUGUGACUCUGCCUUUAAAAUUGCUUUGUCUUCUUUUGCUCAGAGAGUAACCACAGUUAUUUUGUCCCCAGUGAGUCCUAACAGAUUCUUUGGCAAUAAUUUGUCUCGUCGUUGGUGAUCUUGCGCUCAGUAGCAGCUAGUCCUGACUCUCCAUGUUGUGUGUUGCUUUUCCGUGUUGGUACAUCUGCGAUUUACAUCAGAGCGGUGAUAGAUCGUGUCAUUCUGCUGUUGUGGUUAUUAGUGAUGUUUCACUGCUGUGGUCACGGGGCUGCACCGAAGCCAGCCGGAUCCAUUUAUAGCUUUACUGAGCCGGACUUGCUUGUCAAGGUUUCCCAAGUGGAUUGGGCACAUUGACCAGCUCCCACUGGUGGCAUCUUUGUGGGGCUUGGGGUGGAGUGGGGAGGGGUGGGGACGCAGCGGGCAGGGGUGGGAACUACAGAUAAAACGUUCCUUCCUGUGUGCUCUCUAAAGAGCAGGAUGUUCACUCAGAUUUGGAGGUCCGUCGUCAGCCACGUGGAACUUGGCGCACUGGGCGGCAUGUGCCGAAGGCCCUCGUCCUCUCAACGUCUGUGCUGUCUACUGCACGUUACUCAGUGAGACCUGCCUUACCAGUUUAAAGGUGUCCUGUUCCCACAGGGAGAACAGGUUUUCCCUAGGAGGCAGCUCAGGACGGCCAGGUGGCCCUGUAAGGACCCCCUAGUGGGAGCCGCCAGAGCAGAGGCCCCUUGCUUUCUGUGCUGGGGUCUCCCUCAUUGUAUGCUCCUCUUUUCAGAAGGUGACUGUCACUUACAAGGAGAGAUUUCCUUCCCACUCUCGGAACUACCAUGCUGAGGUGGUGAGAAAGGCCCUUUAAAUGCAUCAAGUCUCUAGGUCCGUUCCAGUCACCGCAACUCCGCUCGCCAACUGGCUGUGUCCAGAAAGACUGUUCUUAAUUCUCUAAGUGAUAAGCUACUGUUCUUGCCACGGAGAGGCCAGUGCUCGUAGGCUCACUGACUGUCAUCCAUGUGUGUUCAGAGCUGGGAGUUUAUAAAUUGAGAUGUUCCUAUAUCAGCUUCAUUAUUCUUUCUUGGUGGGGAUGAGAGAGCAGCAGAAAGCUAGCUGAUGAUCUGAGGAAUCCAGUUUCCUGGAACAUGGUUUUCUUUUGUAAUCAAGAGGGGAAUAAAUAUAGGAGAGAAGAGAGGGUAAAGCCAGCUGCACCCAAGGACCCCUCCAUCCCCUUCUUACCGUCCCCUUCUUACCGCCACCCAAGAACCCCAAGGAUGAGGUACGCUCUGUGGGAUUAUACGUGUGCAUGUUUCUGGACUUCUUGUUUGUCAUGCUUCAUGUGACACUUGGGGCCAAGCAAUGAGCAGAAAAGUACAUCUACUUGCUAACUGGCAUUUUCACACACCACUGACAGUUACCCACACGCUUCCCAGCCGUUAGCUCCCAAAGGAUCCACCUGCCGGGGGUUUUGCCCUCCUCCUGGCUUCCCUCGUACUGGGCACGUUCUCAGAUCGGCUUGCCCCAGUCUGGACAGCAGUCUCAUGCCCGGUGGGUGUUGAGCCCCUGGUGCAGCCAGUCGGGGCAGCCGCUCAGCGCGCACUGUCACCACACCUGCACAGCAGACCUGGAGGCAUGAUGCACACGGCUCGGCUCCUGGCUCCACAUUCCUGGGAUGCUGGCUCCUGUGACUCCAUUUUCAUUUUCUCUUUUAAAUAGAAGUAGCUCUGUUCAGCCAUAAUUAACUCUGAGAUUCACACGGUGUGCUGUGAUCAAAUUAAGGUUUGCCUGAAUCCUUUCAAAGUGUAACCAUGGAAAUGAGGGGGGGUGACAUAGAAUGAAUAUAUAAAAAUAUAAUGACAAUUGUUCUGAAUGACUGAACGUCCUCCUGACAUGUAAUUAGCUGUUUUAGCAGGAUGUAGAUUGGCAUGGUCAUAAUUAAAAGGAUUUCUGUCCUUUAUGUGAUUGGAAAUGGCAGAUCUCCCAUUUCCCCAUCCCCUUUUAGCACAACACAAAUGCUCCCAGGAACAUUCGGAACAGCGGCUCAGUAAACUAAAAGAAUGAUGUGGUGUCCUUGUCCUCUCCUAAGUGAAAGAGAGUGACUUGGAGCUGUUUCAGCUUUAGAACGGAAGCCUUUGGUCAUUGCCCGCUGUGGGACGCCUCUCUCCGCCAUCAGCUUCAGCCAGAAUCCCACACUGGGUCAGCCGGUGAGAGGCCUCGAUGACUCUGUCCUGCUUGCUAGCCAGCCAGUAGUGUGUUGGCCUGACUUCAGGACGUUUACUGUCUAAUGAGCUCCCUCGCAUAUUAAGUGUUUCCUUGGUUAUUUGAUAUUUCCAUUGUGAUCACUAUCAGAAGUAUUUGUCAGAUGGGUGUUUAUACAUGAGUUAAGAAGGGUUUUCCUCAUUGAAUCAUGAUCUAGAGCAGAUAGCAUGAUGAACACAUAUGGGCUUUGGGCUUUGCGCAACUGGGUGACAUACAUACUGGUGUGCGCAGUGCCCAGUGUUCCCGCAGCAGAGGGACGCGUGCAUGUGCCCAGGUCUUCCCACACAGCUCUGCACAGCGGCCUGUGCUUCUUGGGGUUUGCCCCACUGCUCUGCUUUGUCGGGGAUUGUCUCCCCAGCCCUUCCAAAUCUGUGUUCUGUCCCUCCCAUUUCUUCCCUCCUCUUGCGUCCACCCCACCCACUGAGCGUCGUGCAGCCGCUGCCCAGGAUGCCCGCUGUUCUCGCCCUGGGCCUCACGCCAGUGCACGCUGCUGUGUCACUAUCUAGCCUUCCUCUAGCGCUGUGCUGUUUGGAUGUCUCCGUCACUUGAAGAAGUAUUUAGUUUCAUGAUCAAGGGUGAGUCUGCACCAACGUAGUGCCAGGUGGCCCUCCACGAGCUGCCUCGUUCCCGUGAGGCCCCCAUGUCUUUCUUCAGGUCUGGACACUCCAGGAUUGGUUAGUAGCCACUGAAGGAAAUACAGCUCUUGCUCGUGUUCCUGUUUUGAUGCUGUCCUUUCCCAGGUCUUUCCCACUCUCCCCUGUCAGCAGGAAUCCAAAUGCAAAUGCUGAAGUUGAGGUUCGGGAAAGCGCCGAGAUGGGCUGCUGCUUUACGACUGUCCUCUCCCCCACCCCGAACACACACACACCCGGUGGGAAGGGUUUCACCUUGGGGUUCUUUUAUUUUUGUUCCUCUCAAAACACCUACAGUCAACUGUGUGGUAGUUGGGCUAGAUCAGGAAAAAUAAUACCAAAAAGGUUUUUACUCAGUGUCUCUUCCUGUAAGAUCUAAAAACGACUGUCAGCCCCACCCCCACCGCCACCGCCACCGCCUGCGUUCAGAAUACACGUGCUGCCCUUGAGGCUCUGCGGGGGGCAAUCGGUGUGUGACAGUUGGCAUGAUUGUGGAUUUAUGAGUCCCAAAAGCAGAGUGUCCUAUCCCUUUUCUUAUUUUCCCAGCUGCUGAAAGAUAACUAUCUCAAUUAGAAUUGAGAAUCUGUCUUUAAGAUCAGCAAUUCUGAGAAUGGUCUGGAAUAUAAUUCUGUGAUUGGUGAGACAUGCAUUAAAACAGCCAGCUGAGCAUUCUGAUUAUCUGCUUACAUUCAAAGAAAAUAGAAUUAUCACUGCAGUUUAAACCUUCUAACAGUCUACUACUCUAGGGAUCAAAGUAUUAGAUGUGCUGCUUAAGGGAUGAGGCUAUUUAAGAGGAACUGGAGUACGUAGAUAUUUCCGUCCCCAGGUGUUCCCAGAGGCCACUUUGGUGAUUGAGAAAACCCUGCACCAUAUAUUCCUUUACCACAAGCAGCUCCUGCUAACAUAGAACAGAAGAGAAAGCCAGUCGCCAGCAUCAGUGAACAUAUAGGUAGUGCUUACCUGUGAAAUGUGUAUUUUCGGGGAGAAAACACCAGAAGUUCUUGCAAGGAACUAAAGUUGGCAUCAUUGUAGAUCAGCGCUGCGAGACAAACAUUCAGACUUCCGGGAGCGUUUGAAGCUCGUCAUAACAGGGACGCUUGCUGAGCACGUGCUGUGUGCCAGCCACUGGGCUGAGUGUUUUCACGGUCUCAUUUAUUGUUGAAGAUUCACAGAACCUACACUGAGCAGGACCUCCUCCAUGGAGGCAGGUUAAGUCCUGCUUCUUUCACCUUUGGUAGGAUGUGAAUGAGAAAUCCCUACAUUUUCUCCCAGGACAGUGCUGGGUAAUCCCUGCCGGCGUGUUGUCACGUGGCUGCCAUCCUGCUCUGCACUUGAGUCCUUCUGGCACUGGCCCCGUGUCAGCGCGAUGAUGGAGACCCCGGAGCGUCCCCUCCCCUUGGCCUCUCCCCUCAGUUAGUGACGGUGACAGAAACAGUGGCUCUCAGAGCUGUGAUGUGGAAGCUUGUUUCAAGCCCCCCCUCCCCCCGGUCUCCAGGAGGUGAACGCGGAGGUCUUGUCUUGUACUGGGAAGAAAUGUUACACUGUCUUGUGGUCUGAGGUCUGAGGGGAGCUAGAAUUUACUAGCACUCCUUGGGUGUGGUCACAGCUAGUGGAGGCAGAGACUGUGAAGACUGCGCGCUUCCCGUCCUCUCUAUUCAGCUCUUGCAGCAUUUUUCUCAGUGCUCUUGUUAUUGACGCAUCCUGCUUGGUUUACAAGGGUUUUGCAAAGCCAUUCCGACUCGUUCUGCAUCCUGCCCUUCACAGUCAUGAGCGGCCGUGGGGCUGGGCCAGGACUGGUGGGGACGGAGGCUCUGGGGUCACACUGGGGUCGACCUCACCCUGCGCUCCGUGGCUCCUCAUGAGCCUUAGGUGGCCGGCAAGCAACAGCUGCCUGGAGACAGAGCUAGACCGUGGCUCAGUGAGAACUUUCUACCCACAGUCCAGCGGAGGGGUGAGCCUCCUGCCUGUCCUGUGGCUCGUGACUGUCGUCAGGGACAUGGGCUCUGAGCUGACCCGAGGACUCGACUAAACUGUUUUGAUUCCCCUUCUCCAGCUCUUCCUCUCAGAAGUCAGAGGUUCUUCGGCGGUGGGCUCUGGCUCUGUCUCUCCUGUCUGCCCUGCCGCGGCCCAGGCACCCGGGGACAGGCCCGCCAGGGAGACUCCCUGGGAUUCGGGUCCCCUUAUAGGGCCCUUGUGUCAUUAGCUGGCUGAUGGGGUUGAUUCUCCACUCCCCCAACAAAAACCCACCAUGGGGUGAAGGGAGGAAGGGCCGGGGCCGCCCGCUCAGCUGUCGGUGCAGGUCCGGGGGGUCCGGCUGUUGGAAUGUCAGAAUGCGGGCUCCUCCCGGCCAGUGGGGACACCGUCGCACACCCGGGUUCCCUUGGUGACUUCUCCGGCUUCCCCUCCCUUCACGGCCAAGUGUGAAUCUCAGCCUUGUUUUCUCGCUUCCUCUGAGCACAGAAACCUCUCCCUGUUUUUGCUUUAUUAGAACCCGUGUGGGUCCUUUUCCCACUUCAUCAUCUAUAGAUGCUAUUAAACUGGAAACAAAACGACAUUAGUGCCAUACUGAUGUAAACAGCAGCCAUGCUAGUGAUGCUGCAUUGAAGUCUGGGUUCUGGGCCAGAUUCGGAGGGGCAGAGGUGGCGGGGCAGCGGCGAGGUGGGUCGGGUGGAGGUGAGUGCCCAGUAGUGGCUCCUGUCGGGAGCAGCGUUGUUAUUUGCCUUGAAAGCUACAUUUCAGUGUGUUCGAGUCCAUGAACCACUUAAUAUGUGUCUCUGAGGGUGGGCAUCACGGAAACAAACCAAAGUUAUGGGGGGCGGGGGGCGCUGCUCUUCACGCACCAGCGGCGCGGCCAGGCUUCUCGUUAUUGCUCGCUGCCUUCGCCAGAACAGUCCUCUCGGAAGGGCCUCUUCUUUUCCUAGUUGUUCUCACACUAAUAAUAGCAAGUUCUGUGGCCAGGAGCCCAGAGGGGCUGCUGGGCUCUGUGCCCUCUGGUGGCCUGGUCUGUGGGGCCUGGAGAGAGAAAGGCCUCGGCGGGCACAGCGGGAUGCGCCUCCUGCCCCAAGACACCAAGAACGUGGCAGUUGCCUCCCCCGGAAGAGCCCACAGCCUUCCCGCUUCCCCAUGGGCUCCCCUUCUGGCCACGGCCUCGGCCACAGUCACGUGGGGUGUGCGUACCUUCCGAAGGUAACAUUUCCAGUCCGUUUUUUUUAAGUGCCUAAGCAAGUUACAGGCCCCUGGAACCUGCCAGAGUCGGCCUGUGCCCUCCCCAUCCCCUCCCUGCCGUGGUCCCGGGGGGCCCCAGGGACAAGCACGUGCAGCCGCCGGCCUCCCUCCUCCUGCGCUCCCUUCUGGGGUCCUGCUGGGGGGCUGCGGUCUAGUUCUUGAGCAGGCUGAGGCCAGCCCGGCCUGCGGCCCCUGGGUGCGGAGAGCGAGCGGGGGGCCUCGCGCAGGCAGCGGGGCAUCGGAUGCAAGAGGGCCGAGAGCCAAGUGACCAUGGCCACAUGAUGCGCUUGCUGCCGUCAGUCGCCGGAUCCCGGCUGCCUCCCCUGGUCCUCCUCCGAGGCCCGAGGGGCCCGGGGUGUCUGCGCGCAGGGGUGCAGCAAAGGUGCGGCCUUGAAAGGGAGCGUGAGGCUUGCUGCUUUUUAGAAGUCAGACCUAAAUUCUGGGCCUUUAUUCGGAGUUGAAACACGAGGAUUCUGCCGUGGCUGCGGUCUGUUCGUGAGCCGCGUGCAGCAGCGCUCGGAUGAUUUGUGGAGCAUUACACGGUUUGCAAAACAGAACAAUCCAUAUCCAGGCACUUUAUUUUCAUUAAUAAUCCAGCAUUUUUGUUCAGACAAUGGAAUAACCCAAACUGGGCGAUCGUGUUCACACAGCCGGGCAGGUCUGCCAGAGACUUGGCAGGAGGAGGGAGGCAGGCGGGUGGCAGAGCCAGCGGCUCCGUGGAGAGGAGAGGCUGGCCUCCUCGGCGGCCCGCGCCCCCUGCUCCCCUGGAGUCACCUGGCCCCCCGGGGGCUGCCGAGCGCUGGUCAGCUGCGCAGCUGUGACUGUGGAGAGGAGAGGGGCAGGGACACGGGGAGCUGGGGGACAUCAGUGCGCCUCCCGUAACGGCGCCAGCACCCAGCAGGCCCCGGGGGGAUCGGGCACCACGGGCCUGAUGCCCCGGGAAUGUCCCCAGGUCUUCAGCAUCCACCAAAUACCCGCGAGUCCCUGUGACGGGCGGUCGGGGCCCCUGCCGUGGCUGCCGUGUGUCUUAGUCUGAGUGUUUCCCUGUGGCGUCUCCUGGUCUCUGUCCCCCAUCUCGUGCACCAUGGGUCCCUGAGGGGGGUCGCACCUGGGUCUGAGUCUGCUGUAAGGUGUCCAGUCUACCUCAAGGGGUCAUCAUGGCCAACUGUCCCGAGCAGCCCCGCCAUUGCCACACACACUGGAAGGUGUAUCUGCCCCAGCCCUGCCCCCGCCUUUCCCAUAAUCACCAAGAACUCCUAGUGCAAAUUGGAUGCUGCUUUAAAUGUGAAAACAAUUGUUCAAAAGCUAUAAAACCUGAAUGAAAGCUAAAGCUGAAUUUAUAAGCCUUGUUGCAUAUGAGCCAAAAGUGCAAAAAGCUCUAUAUAAUGUACUAACCUGCCACUCGUAUAAAUAUAAAUAUAUAUAAAUAUAUUAAAAUCAGACUGUUCUACAAAAUUGUGUAUUUGUAUUUUUGUGUACGUACAAUUUUCUGCUAAGCAGAAGGAGGAUGUAGUAUAGGAUGCUGUGAGAAGAGAUUUGGUUUAAUCCUAUUUCUUUGUUACUUAUUUUUGUCAACAUCAGAUGCCUGUCUUUGUCUUACGUGUAUGACACUGUCGGGGAAGCUGCAGUAUCUCUCCUCCUGGGGUCCAGAGUCUACAGAGAAGGAAGCCUGGGGUUGAGAGUGGUCUGGACCACCCAGCAGAGACGUGGGCAGAGCUGGGCCCCUGCUGCCCGGGAGCCGCCCGGGGCCUGAGGCGGGGCCGAGGGAGGGCAUGGCCCCGUGGCUGGAAAUCAGCUUCCCGAGCAAGGGACUCCAGGGCACCAGCAGGCUCUCCUCCGGGCCCACGGGCGGGGGCGCAGGACCUCUCAUCUCUGGGCCGGAAGUCUGCCUGGAAAGCCGUAGGGGCUGUGCCAGGCUGCGGUGCCCAGCCUGCUGGUGUCCGUGGGCGCCCCGUCCCUCUGGCUGCCUUCCACAGAUCAGGUUACCCACAUGCCUCCCCUUUGCUGAGCUGCUGGCGCUUCACCACCCAGACCUCCAGCCCCAGUUCCCUGGAGCGUCUCAGAACCCCCUUCCCCGGUGCUAACUUGCAAGAGGGGUAAAGAGCUGCCACUAUGGCCGGAAGCCGGAAGCCAGCCCUCGGAGAGGCCAGGCCGGAAGACACGUUGUGGGAGCCCAGGCCCGGCCCCUUGACAGCCCCUCCCGACGUGGACCUUCUCUAGGGAGAGCGAUACUGCACCUUCACCCGUGGGACUCAUAUUUAUAACAAUGUGUAAUGACUGUAGCAAAAAGCCCUUGUUUCUAGCUGUAAAUGGUCAAAGAAACAAGCGCUCUAUUGUAUUAAUUAAAAUAGUUCAAAUGAGUCCUGUAUCAUUGUAUCUCCUAUUCUGGAUUAGUGCCUUUUGGACAGUAGACUGUUCUGUAAUUAAAAUGUAGUAUACUGCUUUUUUGUACAGUUUUGUUUUAAUAAAACUUUUUUUUAAUUUGUGUUUAUUUUAGUAUUGUACCUAUUAGAGAAUAAAAUGUAUAACUGAACAAGG